ACGAUUGCUCGCUCCUAUAUAGAUUGUUGGUGAUGGCCAACUGUUUCAGUAUUGCAUUCACCUUGUGGAACCAUGGUCAAAUCAUUACUUCUAGUGGCGGCUCUGCUCGCGACGGCUUUGGGGCUCGAAGUCCAUCGCUGUGGCGACGACUAUCCCCACCCGACGCAGGUCACGGUUCCCGGUUGCAAUGUGAUGCCGUGCGAAGUGCCCAACCUGUCGGACUUUAGCUUUUCGGUUGCCUUUGCUCCGCCGUUCGCCACCAACACCCUGGCCGUUGAUGUGACUGCCACGUUGGGAGAUUUCAACCUGCCGUACGAAAUGCCGGAUCAGCUGCGCGAUGGAUGUGCCAACAUCGACGCGAGCUGCCCGUUGGCAGCCGGCCAGCAGGUGACCCUAUCGGGGACGGCUCCGGUGGAAGCUCCGAUAACGCGUGUGACCGUAACGAUGCGAUUCGAGGUUACCGGAGACGGAGGACAAAAGGCGAUGUGCUUUGCGGCUGACGUUAGGCUGAUCUAAUGUUCGGAAGGUCGUAAAAUUGUCAAAUAAACGAUAACCUUUUCAGAGUAAACGUAUG